CGUCCUUUGUCAUCCCGAGUGCCUGGCGGCUUUCCGACCCGAAACCCAAACGAGUCCCAACCUGCCCGAACAUUUUGCUUUCGUUUGUCGUAACCGAUCUGCUUCUUGCCUGUUGAAGAGCCAUCGUUUUAUGGAUUUUGUUUUGAACUUCGUUGAUUCAGAAUGGCGACAUUGAAUAAGCUGUCUUUGUCGGGCGUUCGAAGUUUCGGUCCCGAUGGCACUGACGAGCAGCGGAUCUACUUCGACAAGCCGUUCAACCUGAUUCUGGGGCGCAAUGGGUGCGGCAAGACGACCCUCAUUGAGGCGCUCAAGUACGCCUGCUCCGGCACCAUGCCGCCCGGCCAGGGCGUCAACUUGGUGCGAGACCCCAAGCUGGACAAGCAGUCCGAGACUCGAGCCCAGAUUAAACUAAAUUUUCAGAGCGGCCGGGGAGAAAACUGCACCAUGACUAGGAGUAUGUCAUCUAAAAUUAAAGGAGGGAAAUCGCUUGAGUUCAAAACCGUGGACACAGCAAUUCAAAUCAUGAAGAAUGGAAAGCCUGAACAAAUGACUGGGCGUUGCGUUGAUAUGGAUGAUCUUAUGAUCAAGUUGUUGGGUGUAUCCAAACCCAUUCUCAAUUAUGUCAUAUUUUGUCAUCAAGAGGACUCUCAUUGGCCAUUGGAUGAAGGAAAGAAGUUAAAGGAAAAAUUUGAUGAGAUAUUUGAUUCAACCAAAUAUAACAAGUGUAUGAAUGAGGUCCGGAAGCUCCGCAAGGCAGCUCUUGAUGAUAAAAAAGUGUCUGAAGUGAGCCUUAGGCAUUUGGAAUGUGAUGUUACCACUUUGAAGCAGAAGAGGGGAGAGCUUCUACUUUUAAAUGAACGCUUCGCAAAUAUGGAAAAGGAUCUAGAGGCACUUCAUGCUCAAAAAUCUCUUUUUGAAGAAGAGUAUGAUGUGUGGCACACCAAAUAUAAAGAUUAUGGGAAGAUCAAAAUGGAGAGGGAUGAUGCCAAGACUCAGUUAACCCAGCUUAUGUAUCAGCAGGAAGCAGAGAAGAAACAUAUUACUCAUUUGUUCACGGGAUCAGAAGAAGACCUUCAAAUUGAAAUAAGAAGCUUUGAUGACCAGCUACAGCAAAAGAAGGAAGCUCAUACACAAAUCCAGGAAAAAAUUGAAAGGUUGUCUGAUACAGAGUCACAGAAGAAGACCGAAAGUUUAGACAUUCAAAAGCUAAUUUGCAAACUAGAGGCUGAUAAGGAACAGGAACAGAAAACCAAGAACGAUAGAAAUCUAAAGCUGUCUAAUCUGGCAAGGUCCUUUGAACUGUCAGGGUUACCUGCAGAUGCGACUGAAGAAGACGUGGAUGAUCUGCAUGAUCAGGUUAAGAGAAAAUUUCAGAUCUUGGUCAACUCCAUUAGUGCCAGGAAGCUCCAGCUAGAAAAGGAGCAGAAUGAUCUGCAGGAAGAAAUCAACAAGUGUCUUCAGACCAUAGCAAAAAUUGAGUCAGAAAUACAAGUAAAAGAAGACAAUGUGUUAUCAAAUGAUACAGAAAUUCAAACUCUUAAAGAUAAAUUGAGGUCUGUGAAUGAGCGUCUUAGAAAGAAGCAACAAAUCGACAAAGAUCUUGAAGUUUGUCGUGAAAGACGUGAUAAAGCCAGUAAAAAUGAAGAUUCUGAGGCACUGAAGAUCAAAAUUGAUGAGCUUCAACAUUUAUGCUCAAGUUUGGAGGAGCGUCAAAACGAACUAUCGAGUGAACUAGUGGAACUCUUCAAAUACCGAGAUACUCAAAAAAGUUUGCAAAUCCAAGAAGAAAAGCACAAGGAUGCUCUCACUCAAAUUCAGCGAUUACGUUGCCAAAAUGAAGAUUCUAUAUCUAAACUUUUGGGAAAUUCCACUGAUGGUACAUUGAAGCAAGAUUUUGAUAGUCUUGAGUAUAAAUUGAAAAGUGACAUUGACCAGUUAAAAAAGCUGAAGAGUGAUAAAACCGGUGAAAUUUCAACUCUCGACCUCAAUAGGAAUCAUAAAAAAAGCUCACUAGAGAAAAAGCAGGCUGACUUGGAAAGAAAGAAAGAAUCUCUGUUUAAACUCUGUGGUAAAAAGAAGUUGGAUGAAGUUCUGCGUGCAAUUGAAACAGAAAUGGAGUCACAUCAGAAUGAUAAAGGCCUGUUCAAUUCCACCCAAAUAGUCCUUAGUGGAUAUGUGAAACAAUUGAAGCAGAGAGAUCCUUGUUGCCCACUGUGUCAUCGGCGCUUUUCUAAUGACCAUGAAUCAUCUGAUCUUGUUGAUGAAUUAAAUGGAAACAUGAAUAACUUGCCUCAUCGAGUGGCGGAACUAAAUGAGAAACUUGCCAAGUUGCAACAGAAGCAACGUGAUCUGCUUCAGUUAAAACCGGUUGAAAAAGAUGUUAUAGAAUUGGAGUCUGAAAUUCCCUCUUUGCAAAAUGAUGUCUUAGGGUUAGAAGGUGUAAUAGAUGCCACUCGAGAGGAACUUUGUGAUGUGGAAGAGAGAUUGCAGAGUCCUGAAGCUGACCUGAGAACUGCUCAAGACAUUCGGAUGGUAAUUUUUGAUAUCGAUCGUUAUCAUAAGGAGAGUAAACUUUGCACUCGGCAAAUCGAAAGGUUUAAGCAGGAUCUCUCUCAUCUUGGUUCAACUUCUCGCACAUCUGAACAAUGUGCAGCUGAGCAACAGCAAAUUUCUGAUGAACUUUCUGCUACACGCACUGAAAAACGUGACGUGGAAAAACGUCAAAGAGAAUAUUUAAACAUUCUUAAUGAUUUUGAUCAACAAAUUAACAAACUAGUGGCUCAGCAACUUGAAAUCAAAGAAUUUGUGCAGCAAGAAGAUGCCAUGAAAGAGCGUCUGACUGAACUGUCACAUGUAAAUGAUACAAUUCAAAGUGAACUUAAAGAUCUGAAACAGAAAUUAAAACCUGCUUUUGAUAAGCAUAGAAAUGCUGAAGAAGUUUUGUAUACUAUGAAAAAGACACACAAGCGGGAGCUUCAGGAGAUGGAAAAUAAGAAACAAGAAAGAGAAAUGAGUAUCAGAUUGCUGUCUCAAACAAAAGAGACAUUAAACAAUUUGAGGCGUCUCAAAAUUUCAGAAACUCUGGAAUCAAACAAGAAAGCACAUCAGGAGCUGGUGAAUGAGAUUAAUCAGUUAGAGACUAAACGAAAUGAUCUAGCCAAACAAAGCGAAGACUUGAAGGAAACUUUAGGGGAGCAUGAGAAAAGGAAAAAGGAGUUGGAGGGUAAUAUGAUUGUAUUAAGACUGUCUAAACAAAUAAAGAAACAGGAAAAAAAGUUGGAAAUGGCUGAAAGGAAGUUAGGUGACACAGAUGCUCAUGGUAUUGCAAACAAAAUUCAUGAGAUACAAGCAAAGAUAUCUGAUGUUAACUGCCAGGUAAAUGAACUGAAAGGUAAUAAACGAGGCCUUGAGGAUAACAUAAAAUCAAGAAAGGAGGAACUUCAAGAGGACCGCUACAGGAAUGCUGAACGGAAAUACAAAGAGAAAUUGGUGAAACUCACUGUUCUAAUUCAUACAGAAAAGGACCUACAGAAGUACUACAAUGCUCUUGACGUUGCCAUGCAACACUUCCACAGAGACCGCAUGGCAUCUGUGAACAAACUCAUAAGGGAGUUGUGGCGGCUCAUUUACAGAGGAAAUGAUACAGAUUACAUUGAGAUCAAAACUGAUGAAUCGGCACUUGGUGCUGCUUCCAAUGCCUCUGAUAAAAAAAGAAACUACAACUACCGUGUAGUUCAAGUGAAAAAUGGCACUGAAAUUGACAUGAGAGGUCGUUGCAGUGCUGGUCAGAAGGUUCUAGCAUCCCUCAUAAUAAGACUUGCAUUAGCUGAGACUUUUAGUGCAAACUGUGGCAUUCUGGCCCUUGAUGAACCAACCACCAAUCUGGAUAAAGAUAACAUCCGAAGUCUCUGCCAAGCUAUUGUUGAAAUUGUUCAUGAGCGCGAACACACUACUUCUUUCCAACUGAUAUGCAUUACUCAUGACCACGAAUUUCUGGAUAUGAUGACUGAGAUGGAUUUCUUCUCACAUUAUUGGGAAGUUUCUCGAGAUCACCGGAGUAAAUCAGUCAUCAAAAAGAGAGAAGUUUUCAAAUCAUAAGAACUCCCCUGUAAUCUCUGCGUGUGGUCUUAACUUCUGUUUUAUUUCACACCCUUUUUUUAUCUGUACAAAUUGUCUUUCAAAAUGUUGCAAUGUUUAUUGAUUAAAUGUUUGAUGUUCCUUGAACAUCUGCACAAGCAUCAUA